UAUAAGGGCCACAUCUGAACAGGACGAGACCUCCAUUGUUAGCCGAACCCUGAAGAUAGAGAGAAACUAGAAGGAAGCCAUGAAGCUGCUGGCUCCGACUCUUCUGCUCUGCUCGCUCCUCCUGAGCUUCGCUCUCUUGGAGCCUUCAUCUGCAAUGUCGCAAUUCUGUGGGGACAAGUGCAAGGGGAGGUGCGCGAAGGCGGGGGUGAUGGACCGGUGCAUCAAGUACUGCAACAUCUGCUGCGAGGAGUGCAGGUGCGUCCCGUCCGGGACCUACGGCAACAAGCACGAGUGCCCUUGCUACCGCGACAAGCACAGCUCCAAGGGCAAGCCUAAAUGCCCUUGAUCACCGUAUGCCAUUCUCCAUUGAUCUAGAGACUCUAGGCUUGAGCUUCAGUUGAUGGCUUUGAUGAUGAAUAAGAGAGUGUAGAAUGUAGACUAGGGUUUAGUAGCAUGUUAUGGAUAUCUCUGCUUUGAUUGUGUUUUGAUGGUGUGCUUGUAAUCUUGUCAUGGGGCCUGCUGCUGCUGGUCAUCUUGAUGAGGACCUGUUACAAGAAGUGGAUGUGGCAAGAAAUGCUUUAUACAGCUGUUGCUUUAUAUUGCCAGUAUUUGGUGUUACUGAAAAGCGAGCCUUUUAUCUCUUUUGUCUAUUGGAAAAGAGACAUUAGAUAAAUUCAUUCUAA